AUGGCGAAGCAGCUGGCGCUCCUGGUGGCGGCGCCGCCGCUGGUCCUGGCAGCAAUGCUGCUUCUCUCCUUCCCCUUCCCCGGCCGCUGCGCCGUCGCCGAGCAGCCAGAGGCCGACGAGUCCAGCCUGGACACGGGCGUCGCCGGCGACGUGGUCGGCCCCAACUUCACCGAGAGCGCCGCGUCCUUCGGCCAGUCGGGCGUGGCCAGGGCCACCUGGUACGGCGCGCCCAACGGCGCCGGCCCCUACGACAACGGCGGCGCUUGCGGGUUCAAGAACGUGAACAAGUACCCGUUCAUGGCCAUGACCUCCUGCGGCAACCAGCCGCUGUUCAAGGACGGCAAGGGAUGCGGCGCAUGCUACAAGAUCAAGUGCACGAAGCACAAGGCUUGCUCGGGUCGGACGGAGACGGUGGUGAUCACGGACAUGAACUAUUACCCCGUGGCGCCCUACCACUUCGACCUCAGCGGCACCGCCUUCGGCAAGCUCGCCAAGCCCGGCCGCAACGACGAGCUCAGACACGCCGGAAUCAUCGACAUCUCAUUCACAAGGGUGCCGUGCGAGUUCCCGGGGCUCAAGGUGGGCUUCCACGUGGAGGAGGGCUCCAACGCCGUGUACAUGGCCAUCCUGGUGGAGUACGAGAACGGCGACGGCGACGUCGUGCAGGUGGACCUCAUGGAGUCCGGCCGCCGUGGUGGCGGAAGGUGGACGAGGAUGCGCGAGUCCUGGGGAUCCAUCUGGCGCCUCGACUCCAACCACCGCCUGCAGGCGCCAUUCUCCGUCCGCAUCCGCAACGAGUCCGGCAAGACGCUCGUGGCGCGCAACGUCAUCCCCAAGAACUGGCGCCCAAACACAUUCUACCGCUCCAUCGUCCAGUACAGCUAG